UUGCGAAAGGUCUACAUUACUGACUGUGUUGUUGAGUUUGCUUUCCUUUUUUUGGAAAGAUGUAAGAUGUCACAAGCUCUACACUCGCUGUUUCGUCUACUAGCAUUUUUCUUUCUUUCCUUUACUCUCCUACCAAAACGUCGGACAUUGCUUAUAUGUGAAACUAGUUACUAA